UUAAUGUUGGCGAUCAUAACGAAAUCGAACGUUGCGUUGUAAACUACUGGAUACUCAAUUCAAAAAUACCCUAAAAGACGUUGUUUACUGCAAAAAACGUAAUACGGUUAAAAAACAAAUGUUUAAAAUUUUAAAUAAAUAAUACAAAUUCCCCCCAGAAAUAUUUUAUAAAACCAGACGCGUCGGCGCGAAGUUCAAUAUACAUAUGUAGAAGCAAUACACAAAUUUAAAAAAAGAAAAAAAGUUAACAAAUUGUGUGAAAACAAAAUACGCAAAAAAAUAAAUAAAAAUUAAAUAAUACACUUGUUAAAAUCACAUUUUUGUUUUAACAAAUAAUGAACGACAAAGUUUAAGUGUUUUUUUAAAGUGUGUUCAAUUCAUUUAAAACAAAUCAAAUAUUACAAAAAUAAAUUUGUUCAAUUGCCAGCCGGUUGAAAUAAAAAUUAAAUUAAAUAAUGGAAUUCGUUGAAAUGUGUGUAAUGUGCUAGCAAUUUGUGUUUAUAAAAAAUAUUUAAAUCGAAAAAAGUAUUUACAUAUUUAUAAAAGAAUUGAAAUGUGUUGAAAAUAUUCCAAUUUCUGUUUAUAAAAAGUAUUUAUUUAUAAAAGAAUCAUUAUUAUUUCUUUACACGUUUUAAAGCAAGGAAUUAAUUCAAAAAUAUUGAAAUAAAAAAGAGUCCAGCAGCUGAAACAAAAUUCACAAUAUCACUUGGAAUCGAAAACCUGUAAUGUCCGGCUACCUUAGAAUGAAGGCUGUCAUUUCGGUUGGUGUACAGGAAAGAUGAUCGAAGCAUUUGCCAAUCACUUAGGCAGUCAUAUAGGCAGACAUUUAUUUUAUUGGGCCACCACAGCACCAACGGUUCACAACUUGGACACGGAAACGGAUUACGGCCUCAAACUGCGCAUUUCAAAUAUAAUCAAUAAAUUUCAUGGACCACUUGAACGUGGCGUACAAAUACUCGAUCAUUUGCUAACACUGGAAGAAGAAGAUUUUAACGAUCACUGGGGUUCUGCUUACAUCCACAACUAUGAACCGGAAAUAGUGGAUAGUCGGGAAGAACCAUAUAAUACGGGCGGGAGAGUAGACGGUAAUCAAGAAGUUUUACAUUAUUAUGGCAACAAUAAUGGCGGUGUAAUGCGACAGCAAAAUAUUGCAAGAGGAAAUAUGGAAACUUUGAAUAAUGGCAAUGGUAUGCUACUCUCCCCACCACACAAUAAUUCAGGCCAUCAACAACAACAACAGCAGCAACAAUCAACACGUGGUGGCGGUGGAGCUUCGACAACAGCUACAGCAGCAGCAUCGGCUAGUGUGGCAGCAGCUGGCGGAAAUGAAAGAAGUGUUAGUAGUAGUACUGCAGCUGCUGCUUCUGCUUCAGCAGGAGAAAAUAAUUUACAAAUAACACAGCCCAUUAGUGCGCCAUCGUCACCGCUAGCCUCACCAGGAGCUAUAAGUCCAACAUCAUUUUGCUUGCCAUCUAGUUCAACGGCAGCAGCUGUGGCAACAUCAAAUGGUAGCGGUUCGUAUGUGUGUCCAAACGGUGCUAAUGCUGGCAACAUGUCAUAUGCAAAUGUAGGAGCAUCAAAUGCAAAUGAUACAGCAGAUCCCAAUUGGCAGGCUACGAAGGCAACGGUAUUAGAACGUAAUGCCGCCAUGUUCAAUAAUGAAUUAAUGUCAGAUGUUACAUUUGUAGUGGGUGAUGAUUUUGAUACUGUUCAAACUAUACCAGCUCAUAAGUAUAUAUUAGCUACAGGCAGCUCGGUAUUUUAUGCCAUGUUUUAUGGUGGUUUGGCUGAAAACAAACAGGAAAUUAAAGUGCCAGAUGUGGAACCUUCAGCCUUCUUAACACUAUUAAGAUACUUAUAUUGUGAUGAAAUACAAUUGGAACCUGAUAAUAUAUUAGCCACUUUAUAUGCAGCCAAAAAAUAUAUUGUACCACAUUUGGCCAGAGCCUGUGUGAAUUAUUUAGAAGUUAAAUUGACUGCAAAAAACGCCUGUCUACUUCUCAGUCAAUCACGUCUUUUCGAAGAGCCCGAACUGAUGCAACGUUGCUGGGAAGUAAUCGAUGCUCAAGCCGAAAUGGCCAUUAAAUCCGAAGAUUUCGUUGAUAUCGAUCUUAAAACGUUCGAAUCGAUUCUAUGGCGCGAAACCUUGAACUGCAAAGAGAUUCAUCUCUUUGAGGCGGCUUUAAAUUGGGCUCAGAAUUGUUGUCAAAAGAUGCCUAUCGAUAAUACUCCCCAAAAUAUGCGUAAAGUUUUGGGACAAGCAUUGCAUUUAAUACGCAUACCCACCAUGUCAUUGGAUGAGUUCGCCAACGGCGUCGCUCAGACUGGUAUUCUAACAUCACAAGAGACAAUUGAUAUGUUUUUGCAUUUUACAGCCAAAUCAAAACCAUCAUUAAACUUUCCAACCAAAGCACGAGCCGGUCUAAAAACCCAAGUCUGCCAUCGUUUUCAGUCGUGUGCAUAUCGCUCGAAUCAGUGGCGUUAUCGUGGUCGCUGUGAUAGUAUACAAUUUUCGGUGGAUCGGAGAAUUUUCAUUGUUGGUUUUGGUUUAUAUGGUUCAUCAACUGGUGCUGCCACCUACAAUGUAAAGAUCGAAUUGAAACGUUUGGGACGUACUUUAGCUGAGAAUGAUACGAAAUUCUUUUCGGAUGGUUCCAGUAAUACAUUUCAUGUUUUCUUCGAAAAUCCCAUACAAAUUGAACCCGAAUGCUACUAUACAGCUUCAGUUAUACUAGAUGGCAUUGAACUGUCAUUUUUUGGACAAGAGGGCAUGUCAGAGGUAUGCAUGGGUAAUGUAACAUUUCAAUUUCAAUGUUCAUCGGAAAGUACCAAUGGCACUGGAGUACAAGGUGGUCAAAUACCAGAACUAAUAUUUUAUGGUCCAACAACAAUGACCUCAAUGAAUUCACCCACACAAUCGAUGUGUGCCAGCCCAGUAGGUGAAUUAGAAGGCACAUGUGGUUCGGGCACAGGACAAACAAAAAGUAAUCGUAAUUCUAGUGAUUUAACAGUAAAUUGUGAUGAUUUAUUAGCAGCAAGUUCUAGUUCAGAUGGAGUUGGUGCUUCAAGUAAUUAAGAAAUAAGUUAAUAAUAUAUGCACACUCACACACAUAUUACAUACAAACAAUGGAAACAAAUUUGCAACAUAAUGGUUUUUUUCUCUCAUUAGUAUAAUAUAUACAUUAGCUAUAUACAUAUAAAAACAUAAUAUAAUUAUUAACCAAAAAAAAAACAAAAACUAAACAAAAAUAUAUGAAAUUUUUUUACAUUAUUUUUGGAAUAGCAUAUAGUAGAAGAAAAAAUGAUAAGGGAUAUAACAAAAUCAAGUAAUGAAAUGAAGAAAAUACAUACGUAGAAAAAAUAAACAAAAAAAAAACAACCAACCUAUAUUGAGGGAACAUUUAAGUCUGUUUAAUUCCAAAACUAUAUAUUGAAUUUACUAAUAGAACACAAAAAUACUAAUGAUACUUAAAAGCAAUAUUUGAAAACAUAUGCUUGAAUUUUUCUCAUCUUAACAACAACAUAAAAAAAUAACAAUUCAUAAAGUAAUACAUACAUAAAUAAUUGCAAUAAAUUAAAUAAAUACUUACAAAGGCAAUCAAUUAUUCUAGUUUAAAAGUUAUUAGAGACACAUAAUUCGAAAUAUUUUUAAAAAUGAAAAACAAAAACAAAACAACUGGGAUCUUACAAAAUAAAUAUAAACGAAAAAGCAAAAUUUAUAUACCUUAAAAAAUAGCAACAAAUCAUAUAUAUACAUAUAUAUACAAACAAAUUACAUACAUACAUAUAUCUUUAUAUAUUAAAAACCAGACAAAGAAAAACCUUUUCGAUUAUUAAAAAUAAAAAUUACAAAAACCAAGCAAACAACAAAUAUGUAUACCUAAAAAGUUACAAGUAGUUUAAACAUUUUUGACCAGUUAACAAAAUUAAAUAAAAAUAUAUUAUACACAAAUGGCUGCUGGAUUAUAUUAGUGAGUUUUAGCACCAUAUUUAAACAGUAAAAAGUAUUUUCAGGAUUUCAUUAUUUCCUAUUUUCCUGAAAUAUCACUAAUAUAAUAAAGCCAAAAAUAAAGACAAUUAUUAACAAUAUUCCAUUAAAAAAUUAAAUAUAUACUACCAAACUUAUUAAUUAAUAGCAUUAUUACAUUGCAUUAUAACGAUUGCAGUAAUUAAGUGAAGAAAAUUUCAACAUUAUAAAAAUAUAAUUAUAUAAAUAAUUUUGCAUUUAUUACACAUUUGGUUUCUAACUUAUUAUUUCGUUUAUUUGCCAGCAAUUAACCAAAAUAAUAAAAAUUUAAAACAAAGUUACGUACUUUUUGUGUGAACAUAAAAGAAAUCCAAUAAUGCAUUAAUUAGUCCCUUAUGGGUACGUUUUCAAGACAUCCCACUUUAUUUUGUCUCAAUAUUUUUUUUUUUUAAAUUUUGUUUAUCUUUUUGAUUUAAACUUAAGCAUUAUUAUGUUUUUUUAAUAGAUUUAGUUGUUAUUUAAGUAUGUAUGUGUGUUUUUGUUUAUCCUGAAGUUUGUAACUUGUCCACUAUGGAUUUUUUCUAUGCCUUUAUAUUGCUACAAUUCUAAGAUACGAUCGAUCAAUGCUUCUGGUACUGAUUUUUUUUAAGACACUACAUUUACAAAUAUUUUUUUCCUAUUUUUUUGUUUAAGUAUAAUUAUAUAGUUGGAUAAUGAAUUGAAUUUAAUUACAAUAACCUAUUUUAUUCAAAUAAUAAAUAAUUGAAAAAAAAUUUUAGAAAUUUUUAAAA